AUGGCUACACCGGGCGGGGAUCUUCAAGAGAAGAUUGCGGCGGCCAGGAGGGAAGCGGACAGCCUGAAGGAGCAGGUGCGAGCUAGACGUGAUAAAAUGGCCGACACUUCAUUGCGAGCCAUGGCUGCCGAGGUAGACCCGCUGCCGCGCAUUGUCAUGAAGCCACGAAGAACGUGCAAAGGUCACUUGGCGAAGAUCUACGCGAUGCACUGGGCGGAGGACAAGCGUCAUCUGGUAUCGGGUUCGCAAGAUGGAAAGCUUAUUGUGUGGGAUGCGUACACGACGAACAAGGUCCACGCCAUCCCGUUGAGAUCGUCUUGGGUCAUGACGUGCGCGUACGCCCCGUCUGGCAACCUGGUCGCGUGCGGCGGUCUAGACAACAUUUGCAGCAUAUACAACCUGCGCUCCAGAGAAGGUACGGUCAAAGUUGCCAGGCAACUUUCUGCUCACACCGGCUACUUGUCUUGCUGUCGGUUCUUGAACGACCGACAGAUCCUCACAUCGUCUGGGGACAUGACCUGCAUGCUUUGGGACAUUGAUGCAGGAGUAAGAGUCAUGGAAUUCAACGACCACACCGGCGACGUUAUGAGCUUGUCUCUUGGCCCCAAACCAAACACUUUUGUUUCAGGCGCGUGCGACGCACUCGCCAAGGUCUGGGAUAUUCGCACCGGCAAGGCGGUUCAGACUUUUUCCGGCCACGAGAGCGAUAUCAACGCGGUCCAGUACUUCCCAAAUGGAGACGCUUUUGCAACCGGUUCAGACGACGCCUCAUGUCGUUUGUUCGAUCUUCGCGCUGAUAGGGAGCUCAAUCAGUACACCCACGACAAUAUCCUCUGCGGUAUUACGAGCGUCGCAUUCUCAGUCUCUGGUAGACUGCUUUUUGCUGGCUACGACGAUUACAACACCAACGUGUGGGACACUUUGAAGGGAGAGCGUGUUGGAGUGCUCACGGCGCACGAGAACAGGGUCAGCUGUCUUGGAGUCAGUGCGGACGGUAUGGCACUUUGCACGGGAAGUUGGGACGCAAGGCUUCUUGUGUGGGCGUAA